AUGUCUGCUGUCGCUGUUGCACCCGCUGUGACGAGCAGUUCCCUGGCGCCCAAUCUCGACCGUCAUGUAUCUCCGAGGGAGUUUGCUGCCAUAGCCCCUUCGUCCAGCAGUGUAUCGGCCAUCCCGACAAGCGAGCCUGCUGCCAAACGAGCCCGCAGUAAUGGUUCGCCAGGCUCGGGAGCGAACACAGCACCGGCUGAACGAGCCUCUUCGACUGGCAAGACGUCACCUAAUUCACUUCGGACGGGCCCACCACCCAUGAUCAAAGUGAAGAAAGAGCCAGGUUCGCCCGCAAUGCAGACCUCUCGCCCACGGCCGAAGAGGCUGGACCUGUCGUCGAGUAUGGCAAACGCUCGAGGACCACAGACAGCACGACCCUCGGGCCCGCUGACUUCUCGAGACUCGGCUGGCUUGGCGAUACAAGAUGUGGGUUUGGCAUGUCUGUCACCGGGUUUCGCAACACAUGACCCGGCGAUGAGGGAGCAGCUACAGCGAAGUCUGGAUGUGCGUGAUCAGCAAAGACAGAUUAUCGAGGCGAGGCAGAAGGGGCAGAAGCCGGGUAGUGCACAUGAGGCCAGCGCAGAGCGUCCGAUACAACAGGAUAAUACGUUCUUCGGCGUGCCUAUGCGAACACCGACUACAUCACGAAGGAAAGGGCCACCACCUGGCCUGUCCAUCAGUGCACCCUCAGCCGCACAAUUCGCCAACGACCGAGUAAUACAAUCCGCACCGAUGCAUCAGACGUUUACAGGACUCCGGCCAGGCGAGCAUCCUUUCAGUCGACAUGUCCAGCACGGUCCAAGCGGACUCAGCCAGACGAGCCACAUCCACCACGUCCCAGCCACUCAGACGAAUAAUAGAUUACCACCCAUCGCCGACGUCUUCGCCAACGACCGACUCGAUGCGCCUCGAUACCCGGGCCAGUCACCACAGCACUCCUCCCAUUCCAACAUCCCACCCCCCGUACCAUCACCCGGUUUCCCGCCACCACACCACUCCCACCACCAGCACGCCGCUCCCCUAAGCAGCCGAGAGCGGGAAUUUACAUCCGCGGACGAAGCAGUCCGAGGCUUAUCAGGAGGGCGGGAAGAUCUAAUGCCCAAACUCGUGCACUACGGUGGCGCUCAACCACCCACUCCACCUUCGCCUAUGCCUCGACCAGGCCAGCAUCAACAUCAACAUCAACAUCUACAUCAAAAUCAGCACCAACAAUCCGCACCCGGUGCCCCCCAACAACACCCACCAUCUUCCUCUCUGACAUUACAGCCCUCGGCCGACGUCUCACGACCCGAUAUCCUCGCCCGCACCUCCUCGAUGAAUGGCCGGCGAAGAGGAAGGGAUGAGUACGAACGCGAUAAUGGGAGUUCGCCGUCUGAAUUUCAUAAUAGGUCGGAGGCGAAGCGGGCGGCUUUUGGACCUGGGUAUGAGGCUGGGAGUGGAGUGGAGGAGAGAGAGAGGGAGAUUGAGGGGGAGGAGGAUUGGAGGCGCGGGAUGAGUGGGCGGGAGAAGCGGGAGGAGUUUUUGAGGUUGUGUGAGAAGGCUUGGGAUUUGUUCCAUUCGUGA